AUGCGCGUUGUCCUGCCGCUGAUCGGGCUGGCGCUUUGUGCGCUGGCCGCCUCCGGCCAUGGAAUGGCGGUUCACCGCCAGCCGGCCGCCGCCGGCGCUACCACGCCCCUCCUCCGGGCGGCUUUCUCCCCGCAGGCCGCGCGGCCUGGCGGCUCGGACAUCGUCCGGUCGCGGACGCUGGCCGACCGCGAGCAUGGGCCCGUCCAGUGCGACGCGCAUGAGCAGUGCAAUGGCGACUUCUGCGCGGAGGUCUGCGUCCCGGGCACCGUCACCAUCGACCAGUGGUCCUCGUAUGCCCUGCGCACCCAGCGCAAGCUCCAGUGGGAUCGGCCCUUCUCGCUGAAGGAGCUGCCUACUUCCCACAAUUCCGCCAUCACCCGGGCGUAUGGCUUCGGCGUGGAGGAGGAGGGCCUUCACAAGGUCCUGAUGCCAUACUACGGCGAGGAGAAGUCCCAUGUUACCAUCGCCAACCAGCGCUACAGUGUCAUUGACCAGCUCAAGAUGGGCUUCCGGCACCUGGAGAUCGAUGUCUACUAUCGCCACGGGGACUUCCGGAUCUGCCACUGGGACCACUGCCCGCGGGACUUCCUGUAUAUGCUCAACCGCGCGGCCAAGAAGUCCGGCCGGUAUCCGCUCAAUUGGGACCCCGAGCGCCUGGGCUGCGACAAGGACAAGCCCCUGCUGGAGACCGUGCUGAAGAACGACGUCGCGGGGUUCUUCGAUUCGGAGAGCCCCCGGCCGUGGCCGGACCCCGAGCAUCCGGACAAGCCGGGCCACGACGAUGACCAGGAUCCGGACGAGGGCGACGACCGGCCCGGCGAGGUGGCCGGCCGCCGGCCGCCCGGGCACCGGCAGGCCCAGCAGGCGGCCCUGGCGGCGGCAACGGCGCCCGGCCUGCGCCCGGCCCGGCGCCCGGCCUCGGCCAAGGGGCUCGGCCUCGAUCCCACCCCGCCGCCCACCUUCCCGGCCGAGCCGGACAUCGUGGUGCUCUUCAUGGACCUGCGGAGCAUGCGCCGGCGCCAGCUGGCCCGGCGCCUGGUGGCCAUGAUUGAGUCGAUUUUCACCCGCGGCGCCAUCUACACCCCGGAGGACCAUCUGAACUUCCUGCGCGAGCGCGUCGGCGGCACGGUGGCCGCCCUGUGCUUUGCCGAGUACGAUGUCGCUCGCAUGGCCGACCGGCUGGCGGUCGACACGGCCGGGCGCGCGAUCAUCACCGCCGGCCCGGCCCCCGGCCGCCCGGCCAUGCACCCGCUGACCACCGAGCAGCGGGCCUUCUGCAGCGACCUGUGGCCCACUUCGCGCCAGCUGGCCGCCAUGGGCAAGCGCCUGGUCCUCGAGGCCAUGCCCUACCUCGGCAUCACGACCACCCUGUCGGAGCUGAUGUUCAUCCCGCCGCUGUGGUUCGGCAACCAAUUCACCCCGCGCCACUUCCGGCCGUGGCCCCAUUGCCGGCUGGGCUGGCGCGACCCGACCACCAGCCACUCGCAAACCCGGGCCCUGGAUGGCUCCAUCGUCCUGGGGCCGGCCUUCUUCUGGGACUCGCGCCAGCAGUAUCCCCCGAGCCUGAUUCGGGAGAUGGCCCAGUGCUCGGUCACGCGCCAGGCUCUGGACCAAGUCCACCCGCGGGUCACCACCGAGGCGCUUGUUUGGUCGUGGGACCUGAACCAGCCGUCAGACGUUCACUUCAACAAGACCGCCACGGCCGGCGGGGUGCGCCCCGGCGCCGGCCGCCGGGUGCCUCUUUGCACGGCCAUGAACACGGCCGGCCGGUGGACCCGGGAGCCCUGCGACACGCCCCUGCGCGGGGCCUGCAUGCGGGUGGACCUGAUCCCGGACCAGCCGGACUUCGUCAUCCCCGUGGCCCACAUCCUCGGAGCCGGGAACACGCGCCUGGAUGCUGCCGUGCGCGGACCCAGCGAGCUGCGCCUGCGCCAGCAGCUGCACUCCCUCUUCGGCGCCCUGGCCCCGGAGCUGGCCAUCCACUCGGAGGAGGGCGGCACGAUCGGCCGCCCGAAGCGCCAUGCGGCGGCGGCCCGCGCCGGCACCGCCGCCCGCCGGCACCACCAGCCGGAGGAGGGCGAAAUGCACAUCCUCCCCUGGCCGCAGGAUGACCUGCCCUCGGUGGACCGGGUGCCCGGACUGCGCUCCGGGAUCAUCCCGGCCGCGUCUCCCCCCGGCCCGGUGACCUCCGCCCAUGGCUCGUCCGAUCGCCCGGUGUGGGUCCUCACCUCGGCCGAGGGGGACUAUGAAUCGGCCCGGCUUGCCUGCCCGGAGGGAUACUCCUUCUGGCGGCCGUCGGUUGGCUGGGAGAAUGCCAGCCUGGCCGACCUGGCCGCGGGCAACCAAGUGUGGCUGAACUUCGACCCGCUCGAUGAGAGCGUGCCGGCCCCGCCGCCCGGGCCGACCAUCGUCCAGCCCCCUCAGCACUGGAAGGCCGGCCAGGCGUGGUGA